AUGCGAACAAAGUCGUACGCUGAUGUACGUGCGCUGACCAGCCAAUAUGAGCAAACUAUCGAACAAAAGAACGCGGAGCUCGAAAAUCUUCGACACACUACGGGAUCGCGUGGUGAGGUUGGCGAUGCAAGCAAAAGGUGUAAGCUUCUGGAAAAGCAAUUGGCGGCUGCCAACAGCGAAAAGAGAGUUGCUUGCAUGGAAAGGGCGGACUUGCAGGCGAAAUUGCGGAAACUGCAGGCGUUACUGAAGUGCAGAAAAGAGGAGGUCGUCAAAGUUAAGGGCAGCUUAGAGGAAAGCAAUAUGGGGCGUUCGUCCACUAUUGCGGCACUGAAGAUGACGAUCGAGACUUUGUCACAGGAGCGCGAUCAGUUGAGCUCAGAGUUGGCGGAGCAGGCAAUGCGGCAGCGUGUCGAGAGGACAAGCACGGGCACAGCAUGUGAGUGUAACCGCUCGGAAGCCGCGUGUGAAACCACCCGUAUCGAGCGGAUAUCCCAAGCGUGUCAAGUGUGCACGCUACAGAGCGCUUUGUCACCUUCAGGAGGGGAUGCCGAGGCGCCGCAUAGCCUAGCGACUCUUUUGGAGGAAAAAACGAGAGAGUGCGAUCAGCUUCGCGGUGCCUUGGAAGAUUUAAGUGCAAUGCAACGGGACGCCUUGGCGAUCCUCGAGGUGACAAAGAACCAGCUGAGCACCGAGGCGGAGCGGAGGCGAAUGGCGGUAGACGAUGUCGAGAAUUUGUCAGUGCAGCUUCGUGCUUUGCAGCAGCGAUGCAGCGAUCAAACUGCAGCAGAACGCGCGAUGGGGGACAAAAUCAGACUCCUGGGAGAGGAGCGGCAGAAGCUGUUGGUGGAGAAGGCUCAAAUUGAGCGGGACAGAGAUCACUGGGAGGAGCAGCUGCGCCAGUACGAAGCGGAUGUGGCGCAGCUCUCGGCAACGAAAAACCACUCGAACCGUCAAUUGAGCACACUUGCAAACGAAAACGAGAAUUUGCGUGCUGAAAUGCAGCAGCUGUGCGAGCGGGAGGCACAGGCACUGUACGCCGUGAAGGCAAAGGACAUGGAGGUGCAGGAAAUUCUGUGUGCAUAUCAAAAAUCUGCGCAAGAGAAUGAGUCUCUUAUGGAAAGUCAACGCUUCCUCGAGCGGGAGCUGGACAAUGUCCGGGCGGGACUUGCUUCAAAGGAAGAGACUGUGGCAUAUUUACAGGAGCAGUUGAGAUCGAUGCAUUUACGAGAGCAGCAGCUGACACUGGAUCUUCAAUCACUCGAAUACGAGAAUGAGAAUCACCAUCAACGACUAGCUAGGGGAGAUCACGAAGCAGCUGAACUCGACGCAAAGUGUGCGGAGCUUGCUCAGCUUCUGCAUACAAAAGAGCGCUGUAUUGAAGAGCUACAUCAGAGCUUGAGUGAGUUGAGCAAGCAAGUGAUUGUGAAGGAAAACGAGUCUUUGUUGCUGCGCCAGAGGUGCGACACACUUCUUGCGGACAUGGCCUUACUCCGAGCUUCUUUUUCGAAUGAGAAGGCGAAAGUGCAGGAGCUGGAAGCCUCCAACGCGCGUCUUGUCGCGCGUGAAGUUCUAUCGCUCAGCGAUGCGGCUGAUAGAAGAGAACAGGCCCGGGUACUAGAAGAUGAACGGGCAACACUGAAGGCGGUUAUCGAUGAGAAUGAGAGAAUUGCGGCUUCGUGCGAGCAGCUUGCCGAAAGCAACAAAGUUCUGGAAUGCAAAGUAGCGGAGCUGGAAAAGUCGCUGCAAGAAUCGAUAGAAGCAAAGGAACGGCUGCAUAGAAUUGUAUUGGACCAAAACAAGGCGCUUUCUCGCCUCUCCGAGUGA